AUGUUGGAUAGUAGAGCAGCAACUAUCGGAUACAGCUUCCGUCCCCGCGCCGUGCGCCUCGCCACCGCCCUCCCCGCAGACCGGAUUAACAGUAGUCAGUGCGCCAAAGAUGCAAGUGAUGGUCGAUCUUUAAUCUCUCUUCUAGACGCUCACAGCACGCGUGCUGACGGCUACUUUGCCUACAGGUGGUACCGGGGCCGCGGCGGGCAAACCGUUGCUGUGGCGACGGACGAGCGCGUGAUCCAGGUGGGCGGCAGCCUGUACCUGCGCAGCGCCCAGCUGGAGGACUCUGGCCGCUACACCUGCGUCGUCAACAACAGCGUGGGCAGCGAGCGCGCCUCCACCUCGCUGCUCGUCACCAAGCAGCUGUCGGCCUACAUGAGCCCGCAGGUACAGGUCGUGGACGUGGGGAAGACGGCGGUGUUCAACUGCACCACAGAUGGCCAUCCCAAGCAGUCGGUUGUCUGGCUCAAGGAUGCACAGCUGCUCACCCCCUCCAGCAGGGUGCGCCUGCUCGCCUCAGAGACGCUGAAGAUUGUACACGUGGAAAGAUCAGAUAGGGGAAUGUACCAGUGCGUCGUGUCCAAUGCGGAAGAAACGGCCCAAGGGACGGCUCAAUUGAAGCUGGGUGACGCGACGCCGGUGCUGCUGCGCACGUUCGCGAACGCGACGCUGGCGCCCGGCUCUGCGUGGUCGGCGCAGUGCGAGGCGUCGGGCUCCCCGGCGCCCGCCGUCUCCUGGGCGCUGGACGGCGCGCCGCUCGAGUCGUCGCCGGGCGGGGAGCGCGUCGCCGUCAGCAACCGCGUCACCGCCGACGGCGUCCUCAGCUACCUCAACGUGUCCGCCCUGGCGCCAGAGCACGGCGGGCGCUACGUCUGCUCCGCCACCAACGCCGUCGGCUCCGUCACGCACCAGGCGUACCUGUACGUUCUUGGCCCACCGUACAUCAAACCGAUGCAGGACAGGAGAGUAGUUGCCGGAACGACUGUCACCUUCAACUGCUACGUCACGGGGUACCCUAUCAGCAGCAUUUACUGGGAGAAAGAUGGAAGACCCCUCACCGAUACCCAUCGUCAAACCCUGUUUCCAAAUGGAACUCUUCUAAUAAACGACGUUCGUAAAAUGGAUGAUGAAGGAGGAUACGUCUGCGUAGCAAGAAAUCCAGAUGGGGACACCGCCAGGAGAAAACUGAAUGUUCAAGUUAUGGUCCCUCCAACAUGGCGGCAUGAGCCUAACGACACAGAGGUCGUGCUAGGGAGCAGCCUCAUGGUGGACUGUGCAGCGGACGGGUCGCCCUUACCAAGUAUUCUCUGGAGGAAGGAGUCUCCAGUACCAAGGUCUCCAUUCCAAAACAUCCAAAGAGAUGAAAAUUUCAAAGUUCUUGAGAAUGGGAGCCUAUGGAUACAGCAUGUACUUCUAGAGGACAAAGGUUACUAUGUCUGUGAAGCUAAUAGUGGCAUCGGGCUUGGUUUGAGCAAGGGAAUCUACAUCACCGUACAUGUACCAGCAAGAUUUUCCUCGGAAUUUCGUAAUGUAACUGCGAAGAAAGACAGCACUGCAAUACUGGACUGUGUAGCCGAGGGAGAUAAACCAUUAAAAGUGCAGUGGAUUCAAGCAAACCGCUUAGUCCAACCGAAUCACGUUAAACUAGACAUCAAGGAGGAGCAUUUAGAUUUUGGACUGCGUUCAAAAAUGACAAUAAAGCAUGUUCAACGGGACGACAGUGCGACGUUUGGUUGCUUAGCCAGUAACCAGUACGGUAGUGAUCGUAUGGAAUUCCAGUUGAUCGUGCAAGAAAAUCCAGAGCCUCCAGUCAAUGUGCAUUUGAUUAAUUUUUCAAGCAGGUCACUGAAUAUAAGCUGGGAAAUGCCCUACAAUGGAAAUAGCCCGAUACACACUUUCAUAAUCCAGAUCAAAAACACUUCAGGCAAUUUAUUGGAGGCUGUUAAUUGA